AUGGGUAAGACUCAGAAAAAAAAUAGCAAAGGUCGUUUAGAUAGGUACUAUUACCUUGCCAAGGAGAAAGGUUACCGUGCUCGUUCUUCCUUCAAGGUGAUUCAGAUCAAUGAAAAAUAUGGUCAUUUUUUAGAAAAAUCGAAGGUCGUGAUUGACUUGUGUGCAGCUCCUGGUUCUUGGUGUCAAGUUGCCGCAAAGUUGUGCCCAGUCAAUUCGCUUAUCAUUGGUGUGGAUAUCGUGCCAAUGAAGCCAAUUCCCAACGUCAUCACAUUCCAGAGUGAUAUCACGACUGAAGAUUGUAGAUCUAAAUUGCGUGGAUAUAUGAAGACAUGGAAAGCGGACACGGUCCUGCAUGAUGGUGCUCCCAAUGUGGGUCUUGGAUGGGUCCAGGACGCGUUCACCCAGUCGCAGCUUACGCUGCAAGCUCUCAAACUGGCGGUCGAAAACCUUGUCGUGAAUGGUACUUUUGUGACCAAGGUCUUUAGAUCAAAGGAUUACAAUAAGCUGAUUUGGGUUUUCCAGCAAUUAUUCGAUAAGGUGGAGGCCACCAAACCACCAGCAUCUAGAAACGUCUCUGCAGAAAUCUUUGUUGUUUGUAGAGGUUUCAAAGCUCCAAAAAGACUCGAUCCUCGUCUGCUCGAUCCGAAAGAAGUCUUCGAAGAGCUGCCUGGCGGUCCUCAAAACAUGGAAGCUAAGGUUUAUAACCCAGAGAAGAAGGAAAGAAAGAGAGGUGGUUAUGAAGAAGGCGAUUAUUUAUUGUACCAUGAGGCUCCGAUCAUGGAUUUUGUGAAAACAGAGGACCCAAUAACGAUGCUGGGUACGAUUAACAAGUUUACCAUCGACGAGAACGAUCAAGAAUGGAAAAUAAUCAGCAAGCUGAAGCAAACGACAAAUGAGUUGUAUGAGUGUGUGAAAGAUCUUAAGGUUCUAGGUAAAAAGGAUUUUAAGAUGUUGCUGAGGUGGAGAAAAGCGGCUGCCGAGAUUCUAGGUUAUGGAAAGGAGGAAGAAAAGCCAUCGAUCGAGGAAGUACCGCUUACCGAGGAGGAACAAAUCGACAAGGAGUUACAACAGUUACAGGAAAAACAGCGUCUAAAUCAGAAACGUGAAAAAAGGAAGAAGAAUGAAAUGAAGCAGAAAGAGCUUUUGAGGAUGAAUAUGAAUAUGCUGACUCCUCAGGAUAUUGGUAUCGAGGCUGCGGAAAUAGGCAGGGAUUCCGUGUUCAAUUUGAAAACUGCUGAAAAAACUGGUAUGCUAGAUAAGUUAGCCAAGGGUAAGAAGAGAAUUAUAUUCAAAGAUUCUGACCAGGCACGCGACAAUGAUAUUCAUAUUGAGGAUGGAGCGCGCUUUACUGACAAAGACGACGGAGCGCUGGCUGAUGAUUUGGAAUCACAGUUGGAUUCCAUGUAUGAAAGCUACAAGAUGAGCAAGGCCGAAAGGGACGCAAAAUUCAGAGCCAAGCAGGCCAGAGGAGGUGAUCAAGAAGAUGAGUGGACCGGAUUUGAAAACCCAGAAGAUGAAAAGGAGGAAAAGGAAGACAGCGAAAUUAUAGAGGAAGAAUCGGAGCUUUCUGACUCCGAUGACGAUGAGGCAAUCAACAAUUUAAUCAGCAAAUUGAAAGGAAAAACUGGCGAUUCAAAACUAAGUACUAAAGCCAGGAUGCUGUUCAAUGACCCAAUUUUCGAGAAUGUCACGCCAGAUCUACCCAGUUCUCAACGCUCCACAGCAACAGCUGAUCAGGAGGAAGCACAAGAGACCUUAGCGAGUAUCACCCAAAAGAGGAGCCAUGAGGAAGUGGAAUCUGAUAGCGAGACCGAUGACGAUUCCGACUUUGAAAUCGUUGCCAACAGUGGUCCGGAAGACGAAACUCUCUCCGAUUACGAUUCUGACGAAGAAGCGAAACAAACCAAGAAGCAAAAACAUGCCAAAGAUGUUGACAUUGCUACUGUCGAAGCCAUGACCCUAGCUCACCAGUUGGCUCUUGGUCAAAAAACAAAGCAUGAAUUGACGGACGAAGGUUUCAAUAGGUACUCUUUCAGGGACUCAGAAAAUCUGCCGGCUUGGUUUGUCGAUGAAGAGAAGGAACAUUCUAAGAUUAAUCGGCCAAUAACUAAAGAGGCGGCGAUUGCAAUCAAACAGAAGAUGAAAGCUCUGAAUGCCAGGCCGAUUAAAAAAGUGGCUGAAGCAAAGGCUAGAAAGAAGAUGCGUUCUCUGGCCAGACUCGAGAAGAUAAAGAAGAAAGCCGGCCUAAUUGUUGAGGAUGGUGACAAAUCUGAGAAGGACAAGGCGGAUGAAAUCGCUAAACUGAUGCGCAAAGUUAGCAAGAAACAGAAAACAAAACCCAAGGUCACACUGGUUUACGCGACCGGCAAGAACAGAGCUUUGUCAGGUAGACCAAAAGGCAUCAAAGGCAAGUAUAAGAUGGUUGAUGGUGUCUUGAAAAACGAACAAAGAGCUUUGAGACGCAUAGCCAAGAAGCACCACAAGAAGAAGUGA